GCAUCUGUCAGUCAUGUCGUGACGUCACAUUGUAUUUUCGUUUGAGGAAACGCAAGAAACCGCAUCAAACCCAGAACAUACUUGACUUUAUUAAUCAGAUCGACAUCAACGAAGAGUUUAAUGUGUUUGCAUUUAAAAAAUACGCUUUCCGACGUCCUGAGCAGAAAGUGAAGAAAGUGACUGCCCCACGCGCCCCUCAGGAUGAAGGUCAACAGUUAUCUGUACGUACUCAUGAUCGUCUGUAGUGGAUUAACCCUGUGUGUGCCGACUGGAAACCAAACCGGACUGGGAUCUGGGAAUGAGGUGCCGCCGCUCCUCCUGGUGUCCUUCGAUGGUUUCCGUGCAGACUAUCUAAACAAUUACUCUUUUCCCAAUCUGGAGAAGUUCUUCUCUGAUGGCGUUCUUGUGCACGAGCUGACCAAUGUGUUCACAACGAAAACCUUUCCCAAUCAUUAUAGUCUCGUCACAGGCCUGUACGCCGAGAGCCACGGCAUGCUUGCCAAUUUUAUGUACGAUUCGGUGUCCAAUAAGACAUUCUCCAUUAAGAACGACAGUGAUCCUUUCUGGUGGGACGAAGCCACUCCGAUCUGGGUGUCCGUGGAGGAGUCUGGGUACAAGGCAGCCGCUGCAAUGUGGCCAGGAACGGAUGUCAGUAUUCAAAACCACACGUUAAAACACAAAUUCAAGUACAACCCCAAAAUGACUUUCCAAGACAGGCUGGGAAACCUCACGCAGUGGAUGACCGAGGACAGAUCUGUGAAGUUUUCCACUCUGUAUUGGGAAGAGCCCGACCGGAGCGGACACAUGUACGGCCCGGACAACACCACGGAGAUGAGCAGGGUUUUAAAGGAGGUGGAUGGUCACAUUGGCUUCCUGAUGGAGCAGCUCAACAGAACGGGAUUAUGGGGGAAGAUAAACGUCAUCAUCACUAGUGAUCACGGCAUGACGCAGUGUUCUCAAGAGCGUGUUAUAAAGCUGGAUGACUGCAUCCAUCCGAGCAGCUACAGGGUGGUGGAUCUCACUCCAGUGGGCGCCGUAAUCCCACUGGGAGAUAAUUCGACUGUAUAUAAAAACCUGUCCAGAUGUCACCCUCACAUGAAGGUGUACCUGAAGGAUGAAGUUCCCGAUCGGCUGCACUAUAAAAACAACGCGAGGAUUCAGCCAAUCAUUCUGGUGGCAGAUGAAGGCUGGACGAUCGUCAAAAAUGGCAGACUCCCGCGCCUGGGCGAUCAUGGCUAUGACAAUACAUUUCCCAGCAUGCACCCCUUCCUGGCCGCCCAUGGGCCUGCGUUUCGCAAAGGCUACAAGAUGUCGAGCUUGAACAGUGUGGAUCUCUACCCGCUCAUGUGUCACCUGCUGGGCAUCCCUCCGAAGCCCAACAACGGCAGCUUCACUUAUGUGCGCUGUGCGCUAGUUAACGAGCAGUGCGGGCAGCUAGCGCUAGCGGUGGGCAUCGUCAUCGGAGUUCUGAUCAUCCUGACCACCUUCACCUGUCUAUUCAAGCUGAUGAAGAACAGAGAUGUCUCGUCUUCACGUCCGUUCGCCCGCUUGGAGUUAGAGGAGGACGAUGAUGACGUGCCACUGCUGGAAUGAAGCAGUUAUUAGACGCAGGGACUGUCUCGGAUGGAGAGAUUUGACUCGAUACAAGCACAUGUUUAAGGAAUAGUUCAUCUAAAUGAUGACUGCAUUUGCAUUUUAAGGCGAACUGUUCCUUUAAAUGCUGAAAUGGUGCCGAUGUGCCAAUCGUAUUGAAACUGUAAGGUAACAAAAUUCUGCGAAACACUGAAGACAUGACAAAACAUGUCCUCAACAUUAUCAGCAGCUCUUGAGAUAGAAAUACUUCACAGAUGUUCAUUUUGAAAAUGUCUCGCUCUUUUUCUUAAAGGGAUAGUUCACCCAAAAAUGAAAAUUCCAAACAGUUGCUGGUCAACAUUGACUUCCAUAGAAUGGAAAUAAAUAUACUAUGGAAGUCAAUGGACUUGUUUGACAACCAACAUUCUUCAAAAUAUAUUCUGUUAUGAUUAACAGAAGAAAGAAACUCAGACAAGUUUGGAACAAAUUAUGACAGAAUUGACAUUUUUAGGUGAACUGUUCCUUUAUUCCUAUUCCUUUUCCUGAUACGGAAGCUAAUUUCUGCCACAAAAAAAAAAAAAAAAAAAAAAUAUAUAUAUAUAUAUAUAUAUAUAUAUAUAUAUAUAUAUAUAUAUAUUAAAAAUAAUAAUAAUUAUUAUUAUUACUAUUAUUAUUAUUUUUUUUACAUAUAUUUUACAAUUCUGACUUUAUGAUUGAUUUCCUCAGAAUUGUGGGAUAUAAACUGAGAACUGGAACAUGUGAACAUGCAAUUCUGAGGAAAAAGGUCCAGCAUCGUUUUGCAGUGGAAUGAAAGAUUAAAGGUAUUUGCUACUUUUAAUCUCGAAUUUCACACUUCUCUUCAAAUUCUGAGUAAAUAUUUUGCAAUAAAGAGUUUAUAUCUUACAAUUCUGACUUUUUUUCCUCAGAAUUGCAAUGAAAAAAGUCAGAAUUGUGGCAAUUUGUAUUUUUGUGGUGGAAAUAAGUUUCAAUACCCUGGACAACAACAAUAUAUAAAUAUGAUUGUGUUUGAUAAUUUCCUGAAAAAUCUCACACGCACAAGCACGCUAUCAUUACAUUUAACAGAUUUCCGAAUGAUUAAAUGCUUUUUAGCGUUAUCAUAUGCAUAUACAAAUAGCUUUAUAUCUAUGCAUACUGUAUGUUAACAGUCAGGUUACUGAUGCACACCAUGCUUCAUGCUCUUAAACUGCUGUGCAUUUCCCAAAAUCAUCGUAAGUCUAAGUAGAUUCUAGAAUGCAUUGAUGACAAUAGUUUCUACUUAGCUUUGCAAAACUUUUGGGAAAUGCAGAACAUCAUAAGCAAUAACAAUUAUUACACGCUUCUUUUGGGUGAAGAAACAGGAUACUGAGGUUACUUGAAAAUGCCCGUACUGAGCAUGCCUGUAGUGAAACUUUAUUGAUUGAGUCACAUGUUUGAUCCGUCUUCACCGCCAGGGAACACACAAACAGUUAAAUAUUAAUAUUUAUUUAUUUUUUUAUGAGAGAUUGCAUGGUUUUUAUUUCUUUUUAGAAAGGGUUUAUUUUGAACCGAUGUGACUAAAGAAAUGCUAAAUCUCCCAUUUCUUCUUGAAUCUCUACUGAGGAAUAUUUCUAGGGUUUAUGAGGGCUUUUACCUGAAUGUUUCUUGUGUGGUUGAAUGUUUCUCAGAGAUCGCUGUAUGUGUGAAUGCAUUUGGGGAAGGGAACAUUUUGCUGCUUUUAACAUGAGCAAUUUUUAUUUUUUUGUGUGUAUUUUGUAACAGAGAUUUUAUUUUUUAUUUUAUGGCAGUCGUUCUUCGUUUUUGACUUGACGAGAAAUGACAUUUGAAAAGCUGUGUAAAACUUUUUCUUUUUUUACUUUUUUUAGCCAUUGCUUGCCAUUUUAUAGUAUUUCUUGCAGUCAUUUCUGUACAUUUAACAGUGGUCAAUAUUAUUUCGCUUCAAUCUUUAGUUACUGAAACAGGAAGUCACCUUGGCUCGUGCAGUAUUUGGCUUUCGAAUGUUUGAGGUCGUAUGUUCUUCAUGAAACUAUGCAAAGCAAAAACUCUAUGGAUCCUUUUGUCACUCAGAAAUACAUGACAUUUGUCAUCUGAAAACCAAAUAAAACCUCUAUUUCAGAUA